AUGCCCGCGGCCCCGCCGCAGAUGGAGAGCGGCCGCCGCGCCCGCCCGCCCGUGCCGAUGGUGUACGUGAACAGCUUCGGCUCGCACCGCUGCGGCACCGUGAUCCGCCUGGGCCGGGGCUGGCGGCAGAGCCGCGGGCAGAGCCCCCCGGGCCGGGCUGGGGCCCCGAGGGCCGCCCUGGAGCCGCGGGCCGGGCGCAGUCCCAGGCCGGGCGGCAGCGGGAGGCGAGCGGGGAGCGGCGGCGAGGCGAGAGCCGAGAGCCGCACCAGCCGCGGUAGACCCCGGGACAGCCCCCUUGAGGCUAAGACUGACGCCUUUGACUUUCCCAUCCCUUCAAGAAACGUUGAUAAAGUCAUUAAACGAAAGAAGAAAAAGUCCAAAGUCUGGCACAAGGUCUGGAAAGUGAUUUCAAAAAUGCUUGAGGAAAAUGAAAGGUUCAGAAGUCGACUGUUGACCUGCAGCCAGUUGGAUGGAGAAGGCUCUGACAGGACCCAGAGGUCACAGAAUGGGGCAUACCUGGACAGGGAUGAGUCCAUCUUUGGCUGGGUGUAGCAAGGAAAUAAAGGAAGAUUCAGCCCCAAAGGAAAUAUAAGCAAAGUGAAAGCUUUUAUUUUGAUCUAGUUCUUCCUGGAGUCAGUGCAAGACUGCAAAGUGACUUCAGGGAACACAGGUUCUCUGUUGUUUGCUUGGUGUUUGUGCUUCUGCUGUUUAGGAGGUUUGUUUUUACAGUGGCUUAAACAGCUCUGUUGCAAGAUAUUUAUCUCAAGCCAUUAAGUCUAGUGUUUCACUGAGCUAUUAGUUUUAGAAAGCUUUUUAAUGAGCAUAAUAUUGUGACAGUUUUCUUGCAAAAGAAUAGAUACACAUUUACUGUUGUCUCCAUAUUUAUAUCUUUUAUUUUUGUAGCCUGUCAGAAUAAUAAACACAAAUUCAGUAAGGCAAAACUCCACACAAGACAUAAACCCCAUUUUCCUUUUUUCCUGGUUUGCAUAAAUUUGCCUUUAUGAUAUUAAAAUAUUACACAAUAACCCUCUCUGUUCUUUCAGCCAUUUAUACAUGAAUCUCAGCAAGUAUUUGGAAUAUGAAACCAGGUGAAUGUUUUCUCUCUCUGUUCAUCCUGAGGCACAUAAUGGUACCAUCACAAUCAGGAGGUGUUGUUUAUCUACCUGACUUCAAUAACACAAUAUAAUUUUCUUCUGUUCUGCAGCUUAAUACUUGAACCCUUGAUUGACUGUUAAAGCCUUUUAAGCCAGCAAAUUGUGUAAAUGGAACAUGAAAACUGCAUAAAAAUAGUUAUGUAUAUGGGGUUCAUCUUGGGAGUAAAACAUUCACCUGUCACAACGAGACCUCCUUGCUUUCAAUAAAAGGA